UUUCAGUCGGCUUUGUCCUUCCUUCCGCUAUCUAUGAGUUACCGUUUUCUUCAUUAGGAGAAACAACCAUCUCCAAGCAGCAACCUACCAUACUGAAAAAUUCAAACUUUGCAGAGGAUUUUGAUCAUGCAAUCAAGAAACCCUGCUAGUUUAUUGCAGUGAAUUUCCUAUUUUGAUGACUGUGCUCAUCUACCUGCAUGUAAAUAUUCCACUGAAACAUCCAUCACUAUUUUUGAGGGCACACUGAACAACAAACAUGAAUCUCUUUGCUUAGCCCUGCCCACAAUUGUGAUUGGUUUAAAAAAAAAAAUACAAAGAAGUCAAACUAUUUUUCCCCAAGAGCAGAAUGAUGGUCUGGUACAAGGGUUUAGCUGGAGAAGGGGGGCUUGGAGCCUCUGUGUCAUGCUCCCACGAUCUCUUUGCUGUCAAGGGGAGUGGAAAGGGGCGUCGCUGUAGCUCACAGCUUAAUAACUUCAAGCAACACUAAGUGCCUCACUUGUAGUGAAAGAAAGACAGAGUGAGGCUAAGUCUUUAUGAGGAACGGGCUCAUUCUACCCAAGGAACAAGCAUGUUCUCCCAGUUUAGAAAUCAUCACUUGACAGAAUUGGAAAAGUGCUCUGCUGCACUUGAAUGAAGUUCCAAUAGGAAAGCGUUGACUAUUGCUGCUGCUUAUUGGACACUGCACAGACGUCAUCUCAGGUACGACAUUUUCAGGAUGGUCUUUACAGAAGACUGAGUUCACUGAUAAAAUAAUAAACAAAAACAAGAAAUGUGGAGUGACUGACUGGUGAGGAUUCUUGUCAAACCAGCCACAAAGCAAAGGGAUAUAAGCAAACAGACAAGUGGAGAAACUGUGUUGGUUUGGACGCACGAGGACUGUGCUAUGAUUCUCACUGUGGUGGUUUUGCGUGGUCUCCUGUUGCUCUGUGGACCGGAGUCAACUCUCCAGGGAGACACUCAGGAAUUUGGGAACAGUGAUGACAUACAUGAGACAGAGUUCGUCUAUGCAUCAAAACGGCAAAAACGUGCCGUUGUCGACUACAGCGGCUCUCAAACAGACAAAUGUUCUUACACCUUUAUUGUCCCUCAGCAGAAAAACAAGGGAGCCAUCUGUGUGAACUCCAAGGAGCCUGACGCCUUGCUGGAAAACCGGGUCAACAUGCAGGAGCUGGAACUCCUCAACAGUGAAUUGCAGAGGCAGCAACUGCAGAUUAAGGCGCUUCGGCAGCUGGUAGAGGUCGACGGAGGUGUAAUCAAUGAAGUUAAACUGCUACGCAAGGAGAGUCAUAACAUGAAUUCCCGAGUCACACAGCUCUACAUGCAGCUGCUGCAUGAAAUUAUUCGUAAACGAGACAAUGCUCUGGAGGUGUCACAGCUGGAGAUCCACGUACUCAACCACACAAACGAGAUGGGGAGGCUAGCUUCACGAUAUCAUGAGCUAGAACAUAAGUAUCAGCAUCUGUCAGCACUUACAAGCAACCAGAGUGCUCUCCUGGUGCAGCUAGAGGAGCACUGUAAGCAGGGGGGAUAUUUGCAUCGUGUGGCACAGGAGCACAGGCAUCCUAUCCAGCCUCACUCUCCUGCAAUCCCCCCACCUCCUCUGCCUGCAUUGUCUCCUGGAGGCUACAGACCCUACCAUCCACCCACCUAUACCCGUCACACCAACAAUCCCAUGACUAAUGAUAUACAGAGUGACCAGAAUGCCAAAGCAUUACCACCUCCACUGUCCACAAUGCCAUCUGCAACAUACAGCUUGACAAAUGAGCCUUCUGGGCCUUUCAAAGACUGUCUAGAGGCUCUGGACAAUGGAUACACCACCAGCAGCAUGCAUCUCCUAAAACCAGACAGUGGCAACCGGCUCAUGCAGGUCUGGUGUGACCAGACACAGGACCCUAGUGGCUGGACUGUCAUUCAAAGACGCCAGGAUGGCUCUGUCAACUUUUUUAGGAACUGGGAGACAUACAAGCAAGGGUUUGGAAACAUUGAUGGUGAAUACUGGCUGGGCCUGGAGAACAUCUAUUGGCUGACCAAACAGGGUACCUACAAACUGCUAGUGACACUUGAAGACUGGACCGGACGCAAGACCUUUGCAGAGUACGCAAGCUUCCGUUUAGAGUCUGAGGCUGAUUCCUACAGGCUACGAGUCGGCCGAUACAAUGGCAAUGCUGGAGACUCUCUGACCUGGCACAAUGGCAAGCAGUUUACCACACUGGAUAGAGACCAUGAUGUCUACGCAGGAAACUGUGCCCAUUACCAGAAGGGAGGAUGGUGGUAUAAUGCUUGUGCUCAUUCCAACUUGAAUGGUGUGUGGUACCGUGGUGGGCAUUACCGCAGCCGCUACCAGGACGGAGUGUACUGGGCUGAGUUCAGAGGAGGAACUUAUUCCCUAAAGAAAGUGAGCAUGAUGAUACGACCCAGUGCUAACACUUUCCAUUAACAGCUCAGUCUGUUAAAAGUGAAGCGAGUUUACUGGACAUUUCCUGUCAAUGGGCUCCAUUUCUGUACCACAAAAACAGGCAUCCUUGAUUUGAACUUUCAUUUUUUGUUGGUUGCUUUGCACUCGUGAUAUAAACUCAAGCUGUAAAUGCUAUGUAGUGACACAGUUGAAGCCAUGCACAACUUCUACAUUUUUCUACAGGUACAGGUUUUAUGUUUCUUGUUGAGCUCACAAAGUCACAUUGCACACAUAACAACAAAAGCACACACAUAGAAUUAAAUUAAUGGAAUUUCUUGUCUGUAUAACCUGCCUUUGUCCAGGUUUUUAUUUCGGUUUUGUUGCUUUUAUUGAUGUGCUUGUCAACAACAUACAGUAAAUUCUGUAUUAUAUGAAACUUACGAUUUCCUUGUCUGUUAUGAACUGAAAAAAUGCACACUAUUGCAAUUACGUAUAAUUGCAAAAGAAUAAUUGUAAUUGCAUAGCAAAGAGAUUUAUAUCCAGGGAAAACUGACUGCUGGUAACAGAGUGAUACUUCUGGUUGCUAUCGGUGCUAGUUACAUAUGCAGUAAAUUAUGUAUAAAUAAUAUAUAUUGGGAUUCAUUUUACAGGAGAGAAAUCUGUUUUUGUAUUUUCCUACAAUCCAUUUCAUUUACCAGACUAAUUUCCUGUCUUUUACACCUGAAACAUAUGAAAGAAUUUAAUCAGUCAGGUAACAUGAUGGAUCUGUUGAUCAUUUAGAAUGUAAACAAAGUGCAAAGUUCAAUAUUCCAAACAAACGUCAAAAGGUCGAGAAUGUGGACUAUAACAUUCAUGACAAAUGUGUCACUAAAUACAACGAAUAUGAUUCUUUAAGUGAUGUGAAUGCACAGGUGGAUUGCAAUGAUUUUACAAUAUCUGACAAGUCGUUAUAGUGAACUUUCGGGAAAAACAGUUAUGCUAAGGACCCUGUCAGAUGAUUUUAUCAACUAUUAAUUUUUAAUCAACUAUUACUAGGACCAUUACAAAUUCUCGAUUAAAUGAUCAGUAUUGGCACGAGAUGACCACUUACAUACAUGGAUGGGCCUCAAACUGCAUAUUUCCCACAAAACGACAAAAAAUGAAAACAAAACUAAACCAAUCCAGGUAAACCAAUGCCUCUUUACAUUACCACAGAGCUUAACUACUCUUUAAAGAUACCAGCUCCAAGGUACUGAGACCUACCGCCACAUCUGUUUAUUAUGGACACUGUGAGUUCAAUUAAAGACUUCUAAUGUAGACAGAAUUUACAAAACAUAAAAAGCAAAGAUAGAAUCUCACUUGAGUUUUUUUUGUUUUGUUUUGGGGGUUUUUUUUAGGCAAAAAGAGCUAAAAAAUAUAUUUAAACAAAAACUAAACUGAGUAUGACCUAUUAUUCCCUCUGUCUACCAAAUGUUUUCUGGUCUGAAAAAUCCGACACUGUAUGAGUAUGUAUAUAUUCUGCUUCAUUAUGAAUUUUUUAUAGUCUGUAUGUUGUUGAUUUUACAAUAAAGUAUGUACAGCUUC